AUGAGUCAGUCUGUUUACAUGAGUUUAGGUGAGACGUAUUUUUUCUUUAAUAUUUCUUCAUUCUCUGACUCAACCUGUUUCUUUUUCUUUAAUUUAACCACAUCCUCAUUUCUUCCUUAUUGUCUGUCUCUCUUUCUCUCUCUUCUGUUAUUUUCUUUUUUGAAUGCAAUUCUGUUUUCUUUCUAUUUAUGUUUCCAUACCCUAUUUUCCAUUUAUCUCACUUCUUAUCUAUUUAAUGUCUUUCUCGUUUUCCUUUCCAUUUUCUCUUUUUUUCUAUCUCUUAUUGUUUCCACUCUUUCCCAGUUUUUACUGGGUUAUCUCCUCCCUCUCUAUCUCCCCCUCUUUCUCCUUUCUUUUUAUGAACAUUAUUUAAUUCUUUUUGUUUUUUUAGUUUUUCCUUCUUUUUCUUAUUUGUUAAAUACAUUUACUUUGUUCUGUCAUUUUGUAAAUUGGUUUUGUGCAAGAAAACCUUUCAUUCUCUUCUCUGAUACUUCUGUCAACUCUUUUACUUUUAUACAAAACUUGCUCCUCUUUCUUCCUCAAACUUAUACUUUUUCUCUCUCAUAUUCUUUUUCUCUCUCUCAUAUUCUUUUUUUCUCUCUCUCAUUCUUUUUUUCUCUCUCUCAUUCUUUUUUUCUCUCUCAUUCUUUUUCUCUCUCUCAUUCUUUUUCUCUCUCAUAUUCUUUUUCUCUCUCAUAUUCUUUUUCUCUCUCAUAUUCUUUUUCUCUCUCAUAUUCUUUUUCUCUCUCAUAUUCUUUUUCUCUCUCUCAUAUUCUUUUUCUCUCUCUCAUUCUUUUCUCUCUCUCUCUCUCUUCUUUUUUCUCUCUCUAUUCUUUUUCUCUCUCUCAUAUUCUUUUUUUCUCUCUCAUUCUUUUUCUCUCUCAUUCUUUUCUCUCUCAUUCUUUUUUCUCUCUCAUUCUUUUUCUCUCUCUCAUUCUUUUUUCUCUCUCUCAUUCUUUUUCUCUCUCUCAUUCUUUUUUCUCUCUCUCAUUCUUUUUUCUCUUCAUUCUCUUUCUCUCUUCUUUUUUCUUCUCUCUCUUUUUUUCUCUCUCAUUCUUUUUUCUCUCUCAUUCUUUUUUUCUCUCUCAUAUUCUUUUUUUCUCUCUCAUAUUCUUUUUUUCUCUCAUAUUCUUUUUUUCUCUCAUUCUUUUUUUCUCUCAUUUCUUUUUUUCUCUCAUUCUCUUUUUCUCUCUCUCAUAUUCUUUUUUUCUCUCUCUCAUAUUCUUUUUUUCUCUCUCUCAUAUUCUUUUUUUCUCUCUCUCAUAUUCUUUUUCUCUCUCUCAUAUUCUUUUUCUCUCUCUCAUAUUCUUUUUCUCUCUCAUAUUCUUUUUUUCUCUCUCAUAUUCUUUUUUUCUCUCUCAUAUUCUUUUUUUCUCUCUCAUAUUCUUUUUUCUCUCUCAUAUUUUUUUUCUCUCUCAUUCUUUUUCUCUCUCUCAUAUUCUUUUUUUUUCUCUCUCAUAUUCUUUUUUCUCUCUCUUCUUUUUUCUCUCUCUCAUUCUUUUUUUUCUCUCUCUCAUAUUCUUUUUUCUCUCUCAUAUUCUUUUUUCUCUCUCUCUCAUUCUUUUUUUCUCUCUCUCUCAUUCUUUUUUUCUCUCUCUCUCAUUCUUUUUUUCUCUCUCUCUCAUAUUCUUUUUUUCUCUCUCUCAUAUUCUUUUUUUCUCUCUUCUUUUUUUUUUUCUCUCUCUCAUAUUCUUUUUUUCUCUCUCUCAUUCUUUUUCUCUCUCUCAUUCUUUUUCUCUCUCUCAUUCUUUUUCUCUCUAUAUAUUUUCCUCUUCUUAG